AUAUUCGGAAUCGACGAGAAUGAUUCCUUUUUGAUUUCUUAUUGUAUCGAUGAUAUAUUUUGUUUUAAUCCUCGAAUGAAAUCAAGAUUUCAUUCAAGUGAUGAUAAGAAGUGGACCCUUGUUCUGAUGAAGAGGUUUAUAAAUAGAUGAAAUUUCGUGGAAAAUUCUUUGUAGACAGUUGUUUUAGGCUUAUCUAUAUUUCUGGAAACCACUGUUUUAUAAAUAUGCUCAUCCAGUUCUCCUCUUUCUCCAUGAACAUCCCCAUGGAGAAUGACAAUGUAGGUGGAAGAGACCCCACAUAGGAAUCUGGGGGCCCUAUCAGAGCUUUGCAGUCAGAAUUUUAACAAAAUAGUUUAUGAUAUUGUUCAAUAGCGACUCCCACGACAAACUAUCAAUACCAUGCUAACGAUGCAAAGUGGUAAACUGAAAAUAUUAAAUGAUCGUAUCGUUACUAAUCGUUAUUAUAAUACCCUGUACUUCGCGCUAUAACAUAACAGAUAUUUUAUACUUAUCAUUUAUUGUAAAAUUUUGAAAUUUGCACGCGGCGCCCGGGGCAAGUAUCCGUUUGCCCGGUGAUAGGGGCAGCUCUGUCUUUAUCUGCAUACCGCGGUAGUCAGCGUGUUAAUUAAAUAUUUCUGGCUACCUAACGUGCACCCAAUAGCAAGUUUUCAUUAUAUUUACCGCGAAACAACAGCAAUUAAAACGAUUGUAUAGUGUCUGAUACGAGAGCUGACGCGUCUAUAGUCAGUAAAAUUGGAUUAGCGAGGAUUUAAGCCACGAUAUUCUCGGAAGAUCUUGUUUGCUCAGAGCAUAGUAUCACGAUGCAAGCACGUUUCGUGCAAUUAGUGACUACCACGCGCUCUAUACCUUUCGACCAACACUUAUUUUUCAUUAACAAAUUCAGCGGCUGAUAAAAAGUUCCCGAUAAGCCGAUGUUAAAGAGGGGAAACGCAUCUCUAUCGGUCGUGACAUCUUAUUUGUGCGAUUUAAUACGAUCUUAUGAUUGUUUUUGAAAUAAAGAAGAUACGUAUUGUUUUUAUGGACUUCUAUCAACACAAUUAACAGUGUUUUGCUGGAUUUUUUUCACUAGGUCAAUGAAUCAUUUUUAACGAAUCGAAGUAGAAUUUUUAUGACAUUCGUCGGAGCAACUUUUCUAUUUGAUAUUUUUUACUGUGAUUAAUGGUACCAUUUUGGUACAUUUACCAAUACACCUUUCUAAUUACUAUUUUAAAUUUGAAUAUUUUCCUUUGCUGAUUUAAAAAGUGGAGGGAAAAUGUACUAACGAUAAACAUUUCUCUCUAAAUUUGAGUUAUCGUGACAUUUUUCAGUUAACGAUAAAGGAAAGAUACAGAAUUAAUUUAUACACUUGAUAUUUGGAACACUGUUUUUAUUUCGCGUUAGCACUUCCAUGUUACAUCUGACAAUCUGUUAAUAGUAAUCUCAGAGGACAUAUUGCCUGAAAUAAUUUGCACUCAAUGAAAAUGGUAAAUUCUGAAUUAGGGAUCUACAACGAGACCUGACAAAUUCUCCCCUAUUUUUAGAUUGGUCAUCGAUGAUGCCUCGUGUGAAAUCACUGUUUAAAUAGUCAAUGAUCGUAUUAUUCCACACGAUUCGCCCGUGAAAAGUUCCAUUACAUUAGCGAUAGCCUUGUAACAGGUCGCGUAGUAUCGUCAUCAUUCAGCUACCAUUAUCGUGCAACGUGAACUUUUCUCUGUUUUCACAUUACUAUUUCCAGCACGUGUUUCAAUGUCACGGUUAUAUCUUGUCAAUUAAAAAUAUCACAGUCCAUUAUCCUGUGACGAUUAAUUAGAUUAUCGAUUACAUCGAAUCGAUGAAUUUCAGUUACAUCUAUGGAACUGGAUUACAUGGAGAAAACAGCUGAUUAAGAGCAGUCCCGUUUUUACGACAAGUUAACUCUCCUUACCCGUUCCAUAAUCAAUUUCUGUGAAUAUGUUCAUUUCUUAUCUGCCGAUGACACAUUAAUCAUGAAUUAAUCAUUAAACGGAAGUCAAUGUUAAUACCUUAUCAAUGAAUGGCACUAUUUCAAGUGAAUUUGAUUACCGUUACGGAUAGCGUAAAGAUACGUCAAAUUAAUAUUAAGUUUAAAAUGAUAUUACAACUCAGUCACUGUUGGAUUAAGCGGAGGUCUAAGGAUGUUAUAGCCCUGGGCCCUAUUAUGGCUUUUUUAAGAAUAAAUUGCAAUUAUCGAUCAAAGGACCUUCGACUUCAGAAAUCUUAAUCUGGGUCUGAACUCACCUGUGUGUACAUAUCUAUAUGUAUCUUAUUAUUAUAUCGAAAAGUGUUGCAGUAUCAUUUCAACAGAUCCAAUUAACGAAAAUGAUUACAAUUAAUCAAAAUCAUAACAAACAUUAUCAUGAUUAAAAAAACAAGAAGUAUAUCCUGGUUGACACUUUUCGCGCAUAUUCAUGUCCCUGGGAUAGUCAAGCUUUUACGACCCCAUCGCAGGCUCAAGGUUCCCAAAAACCGCGACCUUGAAACUAUCCGAAAAAAAAAAAAAGAAUAGUUCUGGGAACAAUAGAAAGAAGAUGGUGUGUCGUUAUCGCCUCGCUAUCACGAUGGAGGUAUUCGAAACAUCGUGAAUCUCGCGCAGAAGCAGUGGAGAGGCCGGGGCUAUGCGCGAGAGCGCCAGUUCGUGAUAUCAGACGAAGGACGUAGGUGGUGGAGGAGCCGCGUCGAAUCCAUCGGAUUUAGUUAAUGUCCAGCGGUCCGUGGACGCGAAUGUAACACCGGCUGUCGAGCCAGCCAUGACAGAGAAUUUUAUACGCGUUUGAAUUUAUCGAACUUAUCCUUCAUCCUACAUCCCAUCAUUCGACGGACCUCAAAGAGAGACACGAAAUCCUUGAUCGAUACAACUUUGUUUUUGCUCAUACCACGUUUUUAUCCUUUUUUGCAUUCUACGUAAAAUCAUUCGAAGGUGAUUAUCUUUCAUUUUCACGAUAGUUCGUUAAGAAAGUAUCGAUUUUUUUGGGGGGGUGAAAAUUUGAUAACACGCGUCAGCUGAACGUAGCGGAACAAUUUGGAGAGUUCAAGUUAGGUGAACAAAGCGUAGUCGCGAAAACCACGUGGACUCGACUAAACAAUUUUGAUCGUCGAGUUUCCAUCGCGCGAAUCACCGAUCUUCAGGGGUUAGUGAACGAUAACGUCGCUUUAUGAGACACGGUGAAGGCAGAAUCUGCUUCGCGAUCGAGAGACCCGUGUCUCUCGUUUAUCGAUUUACCAAUCGACGUGAUCGUCGUUCGUCUCCUUCAGGCGAUCAAAAGAAACGAAGAACAACCGAAGAGAAUAUUGCGAAAGGGUUUGAAGUGGUAGUCGGUGGUGUAGCAUCGAAAGUAUUAAAUAAUUAAUUCGAGUCAAUCGCUUCAGCGUUCGCUGAGCUUUUCUUAUAAAUAAUGGAACAAGGACAAGACACGAAAAUGGUGAAAAGCACGGCUGACUACGCGAAGGCCAUAGAAAGUGGCGUUCAACCGACCCAGGUCCUAGAGACGAAGGUUUACAAGCGACGAUGGCUGAUCCUAAUAAUCUUCGUGCUGUACAGUUCCAGCAACGCUAUGCAUUGGAUCCAGUACAGUAUCAUAGCAAAUAUCAUAAUGGCAUAUUACAACGUGUCCAGUUUCUCAGUGGACAUGACCAGUAUGAUAUACAUGAUCACCUACAUUCCUUUCAUCUUCCCAGCUAGCUAUCUGCUCGACAGAUUCGGUCUAAGGUUCGCUGCAAUAGUAGGAGCAACUGGUACAGCACUUGGUUCCUGGAUCAAAGUGUGCAGCGUUAAUCCAAAUUAUUUUUGGAUGACUUUCAUCGGGCAAUUUGUGGUCGCGUUAAGUCAAACCUUCAUCCUAUCAAUUCCAGCACGUUUGGCUGCUGUUUGGUUUGGUCCGGAUCAAGUGAGCAGUGCAUGCAGCAUCGGUGUUUUCGGGAAUCAGCUGGGAAUAGCCAUGGGCUUUCUGUUUCCACCGAUGCUGGUCCCAAACAGCGACGAUCACAAUGUGAUUGGACGUGGCUUGCAAAUCAUGUUCUACAUUGUGGCUAUUUUUGUCACGGUCAUUUUAGUCUUUAUACUUAUAUUUUUCAAAGCUCAACCACCUAUGCCUCCUAGUCCAGCCCAGGCAGUGCAGAGAGAAGCAGACUCUACAGCAAGCUUCUUCCAGUCUGUUAAAAAGCUAGUCACAAACGUUGGUUACUUGUUGCUGUUGCUCAGCUAUGGUAUCAAUGUUGGAGUUUUCUAUGCCAUUAGCACUCUUCUCAAUCAGAUAGUGCUUGAAUAUUUCCCACAUCAUGAAAAAGAUGCUGGAAGGAUUGGUUUAACCAUAGUUUGUGCUGGAAUGUUGGGCUCUGUGGUGUGUGGUAUUAUUUUGGAUAAAGCACACAAAUUCAAGGAGACAACAUUGGGAGUGUAUCUGUUUUCUUUCCUUGGAAUGAUUGUAUUCACGUUCACUCUAGACAGUGGUCGAAUAUACGUCACUUACAUAACAGCUGGCCUGUUGGGAUUCUUCAUGACUGGAUAUUUACCAGUGGGCUUCGAAUUCGCUGCGGAGUUGACAUACCCGGAACCGGAAGGAACGUCCGCUGGUUUACUAAACGCAGUGUGUCAAGUGUUUGGUAUCACCUUCACGAGCCUCUACGGUUGCGCCCUGAACGUUUGGGGUAAUUUCUGGGCGAAUAUUGGCCUUUGCGUCACGCUCGCCGUCGGUUGCUUCAUCACAACCAUCAUUCCUAAUGAUCUUCGAAGGCAGAAAGCCAAGUUUUAAGCGCCGUUCUUCCGUUUAUGGUCCGACAUAUAAAUUAAGAAGAAUCAGCUCUUCGUAGUCUCCGCAAAAGACCUUCCAAGUGGAAGGAUAAGUAAAUUGCAAAAAUUAAAAAGAAAGGUGAGCCAUUAAAUUCAAGAUAAUUAGAUUACUAAUGGAAAGAAUAUUUUCUGAGAAAGUCCGAUGAGUUCUUUUGGACUUCGUAGCCCAUGUUUUUCGUUACUGUUAUAGUGAAAAUUCGUUCAUGUCGUGUUCGUGUCGCGACUCGUGUAGAAUAGUUAGAUAAGUAGAUAACGUUGGGCAUGGUUCGAGAUCUGAAUUUCAGUUGGAAUAUUCCACGAGGCUGCUAUAUUUUCGAAUGAUACUUCCACUAGGAAUCAUUAAAUCUCUGACGUCACAGAACGUAUCGUUAUUGAAUCAUUCAAAUUGUAAUGAGUGCAACAUUGUGGAAGGUUUCCAUAGCGUCCAGAUAACACCUGUACAUUCCAGUGUCGCGUUUAGAGCGCAGAAAAAUAGAACACUAAGGAAAUUUAAGGUUCAGCUUCUACAUAGUUUUUAAGGAUAAGAAAAUUUCGUUCCAGUAUUCAUGUAGUCAGAGGAUUCAGAGAAGAAGCGAAACAUCUGUAGUCACUUGUUUCCUGUAAAUAUCAGUAUUAUAGUCUCCUUAGACCCUGAUGAUUUAUUUAGCAAAUUGUCCAACACAGGAACGCGUUUAGACACUGUUUUUACACUCUAAGGACUCGAACAAUGCGACUCCAGAUGAAAGGACCUCAGGUUCUCAAAGUUGCCGUUAAGAAUGAAAGUCAGUCUGCGAUGAAGAAGUCAGAAUGCGCUUAGGAUAGUUUUAGGAAUAGUCUUUUACGAGCGCCAAGAUGCGACAGAAACGGUGAUAUCGACAAUAAUAAUACUUUUAGCGGUUAGAACCUCUUCAAGAUGCUGUGCAUCCGUUUAACUGAUUCUCGUUACCUGUACGUGUUGUAAAUUCUAGAUAAUAAUCUUUCCUGUCCGAUCUUCAGCGAAUGAAAUGAUGCUCAGAGAGCUGAAGAUUAUGAUGUUCGAUGAGUACAAGCCUAAGAAACGAUUAUGCUUCCUUGUUAGUUUAAUUUAUCAUAAAUUUCAUGAAAGAUUUAAACGAGUAUUGUAAGGAUAGAUAGAGGGAGAAUGUUUAAAGUUUAUCUUUGUGGAUUUUAUUCGUUCAAACUGAUAGAUACAAAGAUUGUUGUUUGUGAUAUUUAAAACCAACGCCGAAAUCUCGAAGUUCGUGUCGCUUUUACUGUAAACAAGCGGCACUAUCUCAAUGGUCUUUCAAUAAAAUAAGAUUGUAUAAAGGAAAAUUGAAGAAAACUAUAUUUUGAUGAAGAAUUUGUAGCAAUUUGGCGAUUCAGGAAUGCGUGAGAUAGGCAAAGCAUUCAAUUUACGAGCUAAGGGUAAAGGUAGCACCGGAUUAAAAAUUGAAAUAUAUUUUCUAGAUAAAAUUAAAUAACAUUUAAUCGUAAAGAAAACGGGCAAGAGUCCAGAGAAAUUUCAUUCGACAAUGGAAGGCUUAUAACGGGGCCCCCUGGAAAGUGGGGCUCGAUAGAAAUUAGGGAAGAGUAAUUUAGUAAAGUUGUUGAACGCAGAAAAUAGACCUUUCAUUCGUUUUUAUUAAAAUCUCCUAUUAGUUCUACAUGUGAAACUGUUUCUGAGAACACAGGCAAUAAUUGUUUACUUUGAAUAUUUUACAACGAACGAUUGCGUUAAUGAAACGAUAAUAUCAUUUCUACCUACAAAAUGAGUAUUAAUGAACAACGUGGAUAUUUGAAAUUGUUGAUAUACCUACAUACUAUUUUUAUAGCAACUACCAUUUAAAUAUUUAAGCGAAUUAAUAUGAUUCCGUUAUUAUCCUAGAUCAUUGCAAGCUUCCAAAGAAAAGUUUUAGCGCGGUUAGUCAAUUAGGAAGGGAGACGGGAUGCAUUCUGAGCUACAAUGUUGAAUGUUUUAAAAAUGUACAGAUAUAUAAAUUAUAAAAUGAACGUGUAUUUUGCGCCGAAAGCGAUAUAUUUCCAUAUACAAUGUUAAAGCAUAUCUUUCGAAACCAUAUCGAGAAUUUUAAAUGUCGUUGAACCAUGUUAUACGAAAUAAUGAAAGUCUUAUAGUGUUAUGAAAACGAUAGUUACCAUUUUUCGAUGUAACGUGAAGACAAUAUAUAAACUGUUAACCCUCGUUAAAUUUACAUUGUAAAAUAAUCUGUUAAAAAGAUUUAACAGAUAAAUUAAUUAAAACUUGAACACAUAACUUUAAUUUCGACGGAAUAGUUGCAUUAAGAAUUCAAAAUGGAAAGGAAAAAUAUAGCAGAUUAUUUUACAAUGAUGUGUAAUUAAGUUUGCUGUAUCAGCAAUAUUUUUUUAUUGAAACGUAAACACGCUGCAAUUUCUUCUAUUUUGUUAAAGAGAAAUUAUAAGUAACUCUGCAAUUUCUCCUUUAUUCUGUCCUUUUAUUGUUCAAGCAGUACAUAGUUUUUUACUUCGACGUCGAUUACAUUUUUGUAAUAAUUUACACAUGAAAAGGAGAGGAUAAAGCUAAAAUUAAGAAGUCAUUUUUGUGAUGUGUAUUCUUCAGCGACGCGUUUACGUUCAUCUUGUAAAUAAAUAAAUUUUCUCCAUCGGACCCGGAGACUCAACUUUGCGCAAAAAUCCAUUUAACGUGUGGUCAACAGAAAAAAAGUAUCUGUGAUUGUUGACAAUAUCCGCUGUUUCAUUAACGUCUGAACGUAUAAAACAAUAAAAAUCUUUGAAGAUUCUAAAGACAAA